UCAUCGCGCUCCUGGUGACCCGACCCACCGAUCUGCUCAGGCUGCGGGAGAAGCGCGCCACGGCUGCGCUACUACUUCCUGCAGCACUGGUCGUACCCCGUGAGGAUCUUCAUCCCGAGCAAAGAGUUGCGCGAGUAUGACCCUUCGAGCUAUGUCGAGUCCCCCACCUACGAGACGGUGCACCGAGUCAUGAGUGAUGUUGGGGGCACGGGGUACGACUGGAAGAUUGAGACAUUCGACCUCCGUUAUCCGAAAGUUAUCAGCGACGACCACGCGUGGAAAGACAAGAUGAACCCGUGCGCACGGGCCGUGGCGACUAGCUACAAGCAUAUGAACCAAUUCUUCACCAAGGCGAUGUACGAGCACCCGUCGUUACAACAGUACAAAUAUUAUCUUCGCAUAGAUACGGACUUCAAUUUCAUGGAAACACUUGAGGAGGAUCCGUUCUGCAUGAUGGCCAAGACCGGGCGGAAAUUCAUGUGGCAAACACGGAAAGAGAUCCAGAACUCGCAGUGUUCCGACGGAAUGUGGGAGUGGUUUUUGCAGUACCAAGAGACCCAUCGCUUGAUCCCGCAGGAUCCCUUGUUUUGGAGGCCAAAGGGGGCAAGGGUGAACUAUGUGGGCUAUGCUGGCAUGGGCGACCUGGACUUCUUCAGGUCAGAGCGAGUCCGCAGGCUGGCGGAGGCGCUGAACGAAGAUGGGCGCAUCUACCUGAACAGAUGGUCAGAUCAGACGUACUACGUUCUCCUCUUCGCCCUUUUCGAGAACCAUACCACGGUCGGCGACGCUGGCUUCAAGUGGCCGGCGAGCAGCUGGUGCCACAAGUGCACGAUUCCGCCAGCUCCGUUCGACCCCAUGACUGGGAAGCUCCGGUAG